ACCUAUUAUUAUAGAGGAUAAUAUCUGCACAGCAUCACCAAUAAAAGAAAACAUUGCAGCAGCAUAAGGUAGGGCGUCCCUAAAACCGCCAUUGUCGGUAGUGUACUUUAGCGAACCACUGCACUAAAAUCCACUGCGUCACAGCGCUACCCCGAUCUGAGCAACCCCAAUCUGGCAGCGGCAAUCGUGAUGCCAAAGUCGCGAUCGACGAGUUUCCAUGACGCACCGCGUUCAUCGUCGUUUCCUAGCAAGUCGCGUUAGGACAAAAAAGGAGAUAUGGAGGCCGGAUCUUUCCUUUCACAUCACAAAAUGCAAUGAUACGAUCAUAAUUGAAUAUUCAAUCACUACACAUUCGAUCCAAUUCGUCUCAAUAGCGAAUCACUUACAAGCAUCAGCGCCAGUGACCUUUGCGGCUCCAAACAUUUUCCGGUUCAUGUUCGCUGCGCGACUGCGACAACAAUCAUUAGUGCUACGACCACUGACAAGAUCUUACUCCAGCAUUCAGAAGAUGGCUCCGAAAGCUGCCAAACGCAAGGCCGAAUCGGCACCCAAAACUUCCACCAAGGAGGUCAAACGCCGCAAGAGCACCGGUUCCUAUGAAGAUGAAUUGCGCAAACCACACCCCUGGGCAAAGCUCGCCGAAGAGAAUGGGAUUGUACAGCGCAAAUACUACCCACCUGAGAUGAGCACUGACAGAGCUCGUGCUUACAUCGAAGAGGGCCUGCUCCGACCCAUGGAAGAGCUUGUCCGCAUGCAGCGCGAAUACAGCGAAGCUAUCAACAAAGUACCGGAUGGUGAUGCCAUGGUUCAUUGGUUCAAGUCGGAUCUUCGGUGCAGCGAUAAUAAAGCGCUAUCUCUCGCAAGCGCCAGAGCCCAGGAGGCUGGGGUUCCGCUCAUUGCUGUCUAUCUUGUCAGCCCUCAAGAUUUUGAGGCACACAUUACGGCACCCAUUCGGGUCGAUUUCAUUCUUCGAACUCUCAAGGUUCUGCAAGAUGAUCUCUCCAAGCUUGAUAUCCCCCUAUAUAUUGAAACUGUCGACAAGCGCAAGCAACUACCUAACAGACUGAUGGAACUCAUGGACGAAUGGGGAGCCAAUCACCUCUUCGCAAAUUUAGAAUAUGAAGUUGACGAGUUGAGAAGAGAGCGUGGUAUUAUUAAGAGCCUAGCUGAUAAAGGAAAAUCCUUUCAAGUCGUCCACGACACCUGUGUGGUUGCCCCAGGAGAGCUUAAGAGCGGCUCUGGUAACCAAUAUGCUGUUUACACUCCUUGGUACAGGAGUUGGGUUGCACAUAUACACAACAAUCUUGACCUUCUUGAGCUUUUUGACUCUCCAGCCAAAAACCCAGCCAAGACUCGGGCCACUCUUAAGCACCUGUUCGGCUGCGAUAUCCCCAGCGCUCCUAAGGGCAAGACCUUGACCGCGGAGGAGACAAAGCGCUUCCACGCCAUGUGGCCCUGCGGCGAGCAUGAAGCUAGAAAGAGGCUAGACAAGUUCUGUGACGAAAGAAUUGGAGAAUAUGAUGACAAGAGAAAUAUCCCGUCGCACGCGGGCACAUCGAACAUAUCCGUCCACCUAGCUGCUGGCACGAUUAGCGCGCGUACUUGUGUGCGCGUUGCUAGAGACCGAAACAAGUCUAAGAAGCUUGAUGGUGGUUUACAAGGCAUUCAAACAUGGGUCAGUGAAGUGGCCUGGCGCGACUUUUACCGCCAUGUUAUGGUCCGUUGGCCUCAGGUGUGUAUGAACAAACCGUUUAAACCAGAGUUUGCCAAUGUGGAAUGGGUUUACAAUGAAGAUCACUUCAAGGCCUGGUGCGAAGGCAAAACUGGCUAUCCUAUUGUUGAUGCUGCCAUGCGCCAGCUGAACCACACAGGAUACAUGCACAAUCGAUGCCGCAUGGUUGUGGCCUCAUUUCUUUCCAAAGAUCUCCUCUUGGAUUGGCGCAAAGGUGAACGAUACUUUAUGGAGAAUCUGAUUGACGGCGACGUUCCGAGUAACAGCGGUGGAUGGGGGUGGAGUGCUGGAGUUGGUGUAGAUCCCCAACCGUACUUUCGCAUCUUCAAUCCUUUGCGACAGAGCGAGCGAUUUGAUCCAGAUGGCGACUACAUUCGGAAAUGGGUCCCGGAACUCAAAGGCCUCACUAACAAAGAGAUUCAUGAGCCGUAUGGUAGAGGCGCUGGGGACAAGGCCAAGAAGAAUGGAUAUCCAAAGCCUGUUGUCGAGCAUGCCGCUGCGCGAAACCGCGCCUUGGCCGCCUACAAGGCUGCAACGACAAGUGACAUGUAAAUGGGAUGUCACUUUGUUGUUAUGUAUUCACUACAAAUGGAAGCUGGUUUGCGAUUUUUUACACAUUGCACAAUCACGUAAAAGCAUGUCUGACCCGUAUCUGUACCAUGGCGAGAAAGCUUAACCGCCACGGCUUUUUAAAAGGCCAAGAGUUCAUCUGCGGCUUGAAGGCUAUCAGAGCAGCCUCAGACUCCUUGCAAAAGAAGUAGAUGGAUCAGCAAAUCUGAUCCCAUGCAGAGGAGCUUUGCUAGCCGGGGACGCAUUAUUGCUGUACGUCAAAAGUUUCAUAGAAAAACAACUGGUAUAUCACAUCGGAUCCUGUGAGAACAGAGUUUUUGGAAGUAUUUGGUUUCGAAAUCGAGCCAAGACGCCUCGAAUUGGGUGAAUUGCUAUAAUGCAUGCCAACUCUCUAGUUCCGUUAAUGCUAUCCUUCCCGAACCAAUCCCUGUACAUCAUUAUAAAAAAGGCCAGUCAUUGCUGAGCUCAUGGUUGACUUCGGCUUAUGUCGCAUAAAAAGACGGUCGUCCGGCGUCGCAAAUCGUAAAACCCUUUCAACUUUUUUUGACUUUCGAUUUUUCGGUCGUGGUCGUUUGGUAUAUCAACCUCGUCAACUUUUUGUUUAUCAUUUCAUCCGCUGCUCACUCAACCCCUCUCGCCUCUCCAUUUAUCGCUGGGCGCUCCAGACGCUCUUGAGGAGACCGUCACGCUGAGCAAGGCGGUUCAUGGCAUCGUCGGACUCGCCCAUGGCGCGGACGAAGCCGCAAAGGGCGUAGACGUGGUUCUCGCCGGUGACAGCGCGGCCGUUCUCGUCGACCUUGGCGAUGUUGAUCUGGACAGAGCCGUGGUCCUUGGCCUUGAUGAUGCGGUUGGUGGCGCUGCACUUGCGGGGGACGUAACUGUUAAAAGACAAAACCUGGUUAGCAUGUCCAUUGUUCGGGUUGCCGGUCUCGAGGUCUCGAUUUUUCGGUAUUUUCGGGGUCUCUGCUUACAGGUCGACAAUCUCUCCGCGGUCGUUCUCCAUUUUGGCGGUAUGUGGUGGGUUGUUGUGGGAAAAGGUGAAGAGUAAAUUUGGUUGCAGUCGUGAUGUUCCGCAAAAUGGGUGUAGCGAGCCCUGCCUUCAAAAUUUGGCCCAGAC